GGUGAUUUGUUCCAAAAACGUCCCUGAAUUUCAUAUAUCGUCCAACGCAUAGACAACAAGGAGACAAAAAAGGUGGUUUCAUGAUUUCAUCAUCCCUUCUCUGAAACCCUCUUCUCUUCCAAAAUCCAAACCCUAAAUCCCACAAAAUGAGCAACUACCAGAAAGUACCUCAAGACCCUUAUCCACCUCCAGGUUACGGAUCUCCAUAUCCACCACAAGGCUACCCUGUAUCACAACCGCCACCUGGUUAUCCAUCAGCACCACCGCCACCUUCCUAUGAAGGCUACCCUCCUCCACUCCCACCUGGUUAUGGAACAACCUACCCUCCUCCUCGUCCUCAAUACGAAAGCUAUCAAGGCUAUUUCAAUGAUGGAUAUCCUCCUCCUCCACCUCCUCCUAAUUAUCAUUGUCACCAUGUCCAACAUCAUUGUCAUGAUCAUAAUGAAAGCUCCGAUUUUGGUUCUUUCUUCCAAGGCUGCUUGACAGCGCUUUGUUGCUGUUGUGUACUAGAUGAGUGUUGUUUUUGAUGAUCACGUUGAAAGCUGUGUCUUCAGUUUGGUGCAGUUGGUUUGGUUGGUUAUAGCUCUCUCUGGAUAAUGUUUGCUCAAAUGUAAUGUCUUGCUUGAUUUAUGGGGGAUAUGGGACAGUGUUGGUCAUUCUUGUAACUCUUGGUUUUUACCCUUACCCUUAUUUGGGUUGUUCAUAGUUUCUGUGUUGUGGUCUUUGUGAAUCUCUGUAUGGAUCCUUAUUAUUAUCUAUUGGAAACUGUAAACGGCAGUUUUUUUUUCCUUUUACUCUAAUAAACAGCAGUUGUUGUGUG